CAGCUCUCAGAAUUUAAUCCAGUCCUUCAUUACACAGCUUUCAGAAUCUCAGAACCACCUGGCCGAGUGAGCCCGAUUAAACCGCCUAUCCUACUUUCCAAUCGUUUUUAUCGUUUGCAUAGUCUUUUCCCCAUCUCUAUAGCGGGGAAGAAUUCAGUUCCAAUCUUUGAUUUCCUAGGCUUUACGCUCCUUAGUGCUGCCCAUUAAUCCAGUCUUCAUAUAUCUCUCAUUUUUUCCCACUUGUUCCUCUUUCUCCCUUGUUCCACAAAGAUGCCACGCACCAGCCUCAUUUGUCUCGUGGCUCUGGCUGCCCGUCAAGGGUACUUUGCCAAUGCCGCUGCCAUCGCAGCAACUGCCUCUUCAUCAUCUUCCGCCUCAGCCUCAGCUGGUUCCACCUACAUGGUGAAUGGCCAGGUGGUAAAAUCCAGUUCUAGCUCGGCGCAAGCUGGUGCUGGGGCGUAUGCUUACGCCGACUCGGAUGGGCAUCAACUCGAGAAACAUUGGUCCAACUCCUCGACUAACGGGUCCAAAAAGAAAUGUGACUGUGAGGACAAGGGCUCGAAGCCUUGUGACCAGCAAAAACAGGAUAAUGGCAAUUCGCCCGUGCCCGGAGUCUCUAGCGGAGACACCUCCCCUUCUGGAUCCAACCAACCCGGAUCCAAUUAUCCGACUGAUGCAUCCUCUGGAUCUGGAAACUCCUACCCAUCAACCCCCAGUGGAAGCGCCUACCCCUCACAGCAGGGCUCUAACUGUACCGGCGGCGGCGCGGGUUCCUCUUCGGGCUGCACUUCAGCAUCCAGCUAUCCCGAUAGCUCCCCAUCACCAAACAGUUCCGGUUACCCAUCGGUCUCAAGUGGGGGAAGUGAUUACCCAUCCGGCCCAAGUGGUGGGAAUAACUACCCCUCAGUCUCAAGCGGCGGCAGUGAUUACCCCACCGGCUCAAGUGGUGACAAUAACUACCCAUCGGUUUCAAGUGGUGGCAGUAAUUACCCAUCCAGCCCCAGUGUUGAUAAUAACUACCCAUCUGUCUCAAGCGGUGGCAGUAAUUAUCCAUCCGGCCCCAGUGGUGGAAAUAACAACUACCCAUCCAUCACAAGUGGGGGCAGUGGCUACCCAUCUAGCAACACAACAUCCGGUCCUUCUCCAUCUGGAAACGGAUAUCCUUUGCCGAGUAACGACUACCCCUCGACAAGUGGUAACAACACUCCACCAAUCUCCAGUGGGGGUGGCAGCUACCCUUCAGGUUCAAGUGGGACAUCACCUCAGGGUAACAGUUACCCGUCUGCUCCCAGCGGAGGAAGUGACUAUCCUUCUGUUACUAGUGGGGGGAAUGGAUAUCCAACAAACUCCACCGGGAGCAACAGUUAUCCUUCGGGCUCUCCAUCAGUAACCAGUGGUGGGGGAGACGUACCCCCACCUGUUUCGAGUGGUACAAAUGACUAUCCAUCAGGCCCGGCUGGUAAUGAUUCCCCUUAUCCUUCAACCUCAGGCAAUACUGGCUGUGGCUGUGAAAAGGGUUCUGGAGACUCCUACCCCAGUACUCCAUCUGUCACUAGUGGUGGCUCAACCCCAGGGGGAAUUCCUUACCCAGGCACACCAUCUGUCACUAGUGGAGGCUCAAGCCCUGGAGGAAAUAACUACCCGGAUACUCCAUCUGUCACUAGUGGGGACUCAUACCCCGGAGGACAACCUCAAAAUACUCCCCCAGUCUCAAGUGGAGGUUCUUACCCUAGCAUCCAAUCUCCCUCUGGCUCACCCAAAAAUUCAUCAUACCCAAGCAAUGGCAAUGUGCCCACACCAAGCGGAAACAAUUCCACUAGCCCAACCCACCCAUGCUCCACAAGUGAUACUUCCGGUGGCAGCAACUGUGACACUCCAACACCAAGCAAUAAGAGUCCUGAUGGUAGCUCACCCAAGCCCCAUGACUCUGGUUACCCUGAUAAUUCCACAACUACUAAUCCCAAUGCAGCCACCAAUCUGGUUGGCCAUUCUACCAUUGAGAUUUUGCUUUUAACCCUUGCCAGUGGAUUUGCUGUUACUUUCCUUUGAGAUGUAGAGUCACCUGUAUCUAAAUUCAGGCAGGGAUCUAUUUUGAGGUGAUUGAUUUUUGGACUAUCACCUACAUUUUUUUAUCAUCCUAAAUUUUGGGUUGGGUAUAAGGAGGGAGUGGGCAUAGAGGGUUAUUACACAACAUGAUUUACCCAAGUAGCUCUUCAAAGUAGCUAUUUGAAAACAUUAAAUUCCCCAAAUAAAUAUUUCCCAAAACUCAGGACAUUCUAGUUUAGCAUUUCAAACCAAAAUCCUAUUUUUAUAUUCUACAAAAUUCCUAACUUGUCAGUUUAAAUUACGUGUCACUUUAUGCUUGAAAAUUUGGAUUAUUUUGUCAAUGGAUAUGGAUAAGAUGCAAAACCUGCACUACAGAAAGCUACCAAAAAACAGUUUGAUAUCAU